CCCGGGUCACUUCCUUUGUUUCUGCUGAGCUUGCACCACACUGCAUCUGCCCUACAUGCCACCUUACACCAUCAUCUAUUUCCCCUCCCGAGGUGUGGCCUCAGCGUUUUCAAGAUGAAGGGCACAAGCCAUAGUCACUCCUGGGGAACCCCUCAACACUGGGCACUGUGAGGUUAUGCGCAUGCUGCUAGCCGACCAGGGCCAGAGUUGGAAGGAGGAGGUGGUGACCUUGGAUGUUUGGGAGCAAGGCACAUUCAAGGCUUCCUGUCUGUUUGGGCAGAUCCCCAAGUUCCAGGAUGGAAAGCUCACUCUGUACCAAUCGAAUGCCAUCCUACGGCACCUGGGCCACUCCUUCGGGCUCUACGGCAAAGACCAGCAAGAGGCAGCACUGGUGGACAUGGUGAACGACGGACUGGAAGACGUGUUCAGGCGCAUUGCAUGGCACUAUCUCCAUAUCUGUAAGGAGGACAAGGGCCAAUAUAGGAAGGAGCUUCCAGGACACCUGAAGCCAUUUGAAACUCUUCUGGCCCAGAACAAGGGUGGCCAAUGCUUCAUUGUUGGUGACCAGAUCUCCUUCGCCGACUACCGCCUACUGGAUUUACUUCUGAACCUAGAGCUCCUGUUCCCUGGUUACUUGAAAGACUUCCCCCUGCUCUCCGCCUAUGUAGCGCGUCUCAAAGCCCGACCCAAGCUCAAGGCCUUCCUGGAGUCUCCUGAGCAUGUGAACCGUCUCCUUGCUGCUUGCAUAAAGAUGUGAGCCCACCUGCCUCCCCCAGCCCACAGCCCAGACCAAUAAAAAAGAUGGCAGGA